UGUGUUUACUUUUGCUGGUUUUCCAUCUCCCCGCGUGGUCCUAGCGCACGGGGUGGGCCUCGCAUGCUGAUCGUUUGGAAGCGAAGAGAAGGGACGUAGCUGCUUCUUGAGAAACCGGGAUUGAGUCCAGCAUAUGGAGAGAAUAGUUGACGUCUACUUACCACUAUGAUGACACAAACUCUAAAUCAUGGAUGAUCAAAGAUGUCCAGAAUAUAGUGGCCAACCUGGCCUCCAGGAUGCCUCUCCUGGCCUCAAGACUGACUACAAAGUCCCACCACCUGGCUAUUCAGGUGCUGGUUCAGUGAGAUUCCCUGUCCAACACCAGCCAGUGCAUAAACAGCCAGGUGGACCUGCAAGGGGACCAUGGGUGCCAGCACCACCUCUUCCAUCAGACUGUCCACCAGGAUUGGAAUGUUUAAAUCAGGUAAAUGAGGUAUUGGUUCAUCAGCAAAUUGAUCUUCUGGAAGUCAUCAUACAUAUUGAAACAAAUAACAAAUACGAAAUUAAAAACCGCCUUGGACAGAAGAUUUACUUUGUCAUGGAAGAUACUGGUUGCUGUACCCGAAAUUGCUGUGGGGGUUAUAGGCCUUUUAGCAUGAGGAUUCUUGAUCUGAUGGGCCGAGAGGUCAUAACUAUGGAGAAACCACUGAAAUGUGACUGCUGUUGUUGCUCCUGCUGCCUUCACCAGGUAGAAAUUUAUGCUCCUCCUGGUACACCAAUAGGUUAUGUUAUUCAGACCAGGCACCCAUAUCUGCCUAAGUUUACAAUUCAAAAUGAGAAUAAAAAGGAUAUUCUAAGAAUUAUUGGUCCAUUUUUUGCAUGCAAGUGUUGUGGAGAUGUUGAUUUUGAGAUUAAAUCCCUUGAUGAAGAAAAUGUGGUUGGCAAGAUUUCCAAGCAGUGGACUGGUUUUGUGAGAGAGGCAUUUACAGAUUACAGUGAUUUUGACAUUCAGUUCCCUGUAGACCUUGAUGUGAAAAUGAAAGCUGUGAUGCUUGGCGCCUGUUUCCUCAUUAUGCUCCUGUACUGUGUGUACAAAUACAGUCAUGCACCACAUAACAUCUCAGUCAACAAUGGACCUGAUAUAAGACAGUGCUCCUAUAAGAUUAUAAUGGAGCUGAAAAAUUCUUGCUGUCUCAUGACAUCGUAGCCUUGAAAGAAGAAGGGAGACG